UGUGGCAGACGUCAGAUAACCAUGUCGAGUUUUGUGUUGUAAAAUUAAAAUAAAUUUGUCGACGUUAUGUAUUAUUAAUUUUAUUAUGUGAAUAAUGAGAUGAAAGUGUAAAUAGAUUUUAGAUUAGUGUUCGCUAGUGAUUAUGGCGCAUAGUGGUAGUGGUGUUCUGAGUUCAGAUAUAUCGCGCAGAAACCCACAAGAUGAAUAUGAGCUCAUUCAGAGGAUUGGAUCAGGAACUUACGGAGAUGUGUACAAGGCGAAAAGGCUCAACGGCAAUGGCGAGCUGGCCGCCAUCAAGGUGAUAAAGUUGGAGCCGGGUGAUGACUUCGCGAUCAUCCAGCAGGAGAUCCUCAUGAUGAAGGACUGUCGCCACCCGAACAUCGUCGCGUACUACGGCUCGUACCUGAGGAGGGACAAGCUUUGGAUCUCCAUGGAGUACUGCGGGGGAGGUAGUUUACAGGACAUCUACCACGUGACGGGUCCGCUGACGGAACUGCAGAUAGCGUACAUGUGCAGGGAGACUCUCACGGGGCUGUCCUACCUGCACAGCAUGGGGAAGAUGCAUCGUGAUAUAAAGGGCGCCAACAUUCUGCUGACCGAAUGCGGCGACGUGAAGUUAGCCGACUUCGGAGUGUCAGCUCAGAUCACAGCAACAAUCAACAAGAGGAAGUCUUUCAUAGGCACCCCGUAUUGGAUGGCACCGGAGGUGGCGGCCGUUGAGAGAAAGGGUGGUUACAAUCAACUCUGUGAUAUUUGGGCGUGCGGUAUCACCGCUAUAGAAUUAGCGGAACUCCAACCGCCCAUGUUCGAACUGCACCCGAUGCGCGUAUUAUUCCUGAUGUCCAAGUCUGGCUUCAAGCCGCCCCAGCUGAGGGACAGAGAGAGGUGGACAAACACCUUCCACACCUUUCUCAAGCUGGCACUCACCAAGAAUCCGAAGAAACGACCCACGGCUGAGAAAUUACUACAGCACGCGUUCUUCCAACAAGACAUGAACAAGCGGUUGGCCAUAGAGCUUUUACAGAAAUAUUCCAACCCGGCCAGUCAUACGCACAAUCAGGAUGUCGAUGAAGAUACGGCGGUGUCAAACGUCCCUCAACGUAUCGCCUCCCGUCAUACGGGCCGAGGGAGACGAGUGGUGGCAGAAGUGGCCCCCCUGGCCCCAAUCCCUGGACCUGGUCGAAGUUGCCGUCGUUCGGGUUACGACGAUUCUCCCGUGGUAGACCUGGACGCAGACGAACCUUUGACAUUGGAAUUCGCUGCCGACGCGGCGGGAUGUCACGGGGACACUGUUAAAAGGAGUAACGUAUAUCACAGGCAGACGAGCGAAGACUGGAGCGUAGCAUCACUAAUGAGUUGUCCGAAACACAAUCCACUGCAAGAAAACAUGGCGACUGACACGAUGCCCCCGAGCGAAAAGGCAACACUGCCGCUGACAGCGGACACGGCGGCCAUGACCCAAGCUGGCAACUCUGGCCUCUCCACACAUAUGCACGACCAACACUUAUCACAAUGCAUACAAUUAAAACAAAACUUCUUGAACAACUCCACGACGAACAUCUACCAGAACGUAGCUUCGAACUUCCAGAGUCCCAUGGGUGCAUCUAUGGUUUCCAUAGACGAUCCGCUUUGUAGGAAAAUGGGGGAGACUGACAUAAUGUUUGCCGACCAUUCGGAAAGCGGCGUUGUCAUAGAAUCCCCUCAGUUGAGGAACGCCAACUGCGAAUGCGGAUUGUGUCCGAAACCCACCGAAUUACGAGACGAUAAUACCCUAAGCGAUUUACAGCGUUCUGUUGCAUCAAAAUGUUCUUGCGACGCUUGCAAUUCGAACGGCGAUAUAUUAAGCUACUAUCGUAACUGCUCGAAACAAACUUCAGACUCCGGAAUAGUGUACUGUGAUAACUGUAAAAAACAAAAGAUAUCCGUGUCUAACUUCAGAGCUUUGCAAAUAGCGAACAGGUUGAGGAUAGCCGAUGAUAAAAUGGAGAACGGUGGUAAUAAUUCGGAUGAUGAUUUGUGUAGAAGGAUAGAUAUCAGUUUGAAUAUGGAGGACAAAUCUUAUGAGCACAGAAAAAGGCACAACAGGCAUAAUUCCGAUUCGGUGACCGCAGGCAUAGAUCUGAGUCAGUUCUGCCAGUGUGAAUUGGAGAGUGGUAAGAGGAAGACGUCGUCGGUAGAUGAGAUAUUUAGCAGAGUGGAAGGUGGUGGAAGGGAGACAAAGUCUGAGCUUUUGGAGGAGGAACUGAAGGUUGGACAGAGACAAAGGAGCCUGUCGGACAGUCAAAGGGAUAAAGCCAAAGUUGAGAGUAAAGCUAGUACGGCUAGACCUCAGGAUAUAGAGGGCGAGGCGCCCACGGUUCCCCCGCGUCGGGGCCGGCGCCGCGCCCACACGCCGCCCCGCCCCGCGCCCAACGGGUUACCGCCCACGCCCAAGGUGCAUAUGGGCGCCUGCUUCUCUAAGGUAUUCAACGGUUGCCCGCUGCGGAUAAACUGUACGGCGUCGUGGAUACACCCCGACACUAGGGAUCAACAUAUACUUAUUGGUGCUGAGGAGGGUAUCUACACCUUGAACUUAAAUGAACUCCAUGAAACCGCCAUGGAUCAGUUGUGUCCGCGCCGCACUAUAUGGUUGUACGUCAUCAAAGAUGUGCUCAUGUCUUUGUCUGGUAAAACGCCGUCGUUGUACCGGCACGAACUGUUAGCUUUAUUAGGAAGUUCCCGCGGAGGCCGAUCACUGCGGGUAUUACCCCCAAGACUGUUGCCUAGAAGAUUCGCGCUCACUACUAGAGUACCUGAUACCAGAGGUUGUAUGCGUUGCGCCGUUGCCCGUAAUCCAUACAACGGUUACAAAUAUUUGUGCGGCGCCACGGCAGCUGGACUAUUCCUCAUGCAGUGGUACGAUCCGCUCAGGAAAUUUAUGUUGCUCAAGAACAUAGAGUGCGUAUUGCCGACGCCGCUACUAGUGUUCGAGUUGAUCAUCACGCCGGAACUCGAGUAUCCCCUACUAUGCAUUGGGGCUACGAGAAACCCGAUGCGGUUGAAUCUGCUCAAUAUUAACUCUGGCAUGACGUGGUUCCAGUCAGAAGAGCUAGAAGGUCCCGCAGAGAGAUUACACACGCUGCGAGCUGUGCAUCAACUCAACGCCGACGCGGUGUUAGUGUGUCACGAGAACGUUAUAGACAUAAUUCCGGUGCUGCCCUCUACGCCGGAGCGAUGGCGGGAAGACGAGCAACGCCGGAAACAUAAACUAGUGCAGCGGAUACAGUUCGACUUCAAUAUCGAUAGUAUAUUAUGCUUAGCGGAUUCCGUGCUAGCGUUCCACCGUCACGGCGUGCAAGGCAGGUCGUUACGUCACGCCGACGUCACGCAGGAAAUCAGCGACCGAUCGCGGGCUUAUAGACUGCUGGGGAGCGACAAAGUGGUUGUUCUUGAAUCGCAUACACUACAAAAUAACACGCUAUCGAGCGAUGAUGGUAAUGAUCUCUACAUUUUGGCGGGCCAUGAAGCAUCUUACUGAACUAUCUAGAAUCUUCUCGAACGAAUUUCGUGUAUCUCCAUGUUUUUUUACGUCAGAUUUCGGUAAACAAUGUUCAUAUGCCUUUGUAUCGAAACCAGUUUUAAUAAUAACAUUAUCACUUUGCAAUUUCCAAGUGAUAAUGAUAGAAAUAACGAUAGUUUUAAUUGCCAUAAGUAAAUAAUGACUUUGAACCAAAUCUAUAUUGUUUUAAGAGAUAAUUUCGUGUUCAAUAAAUGGUUGUUUAAACAAAUGGUUGGUUGUGUGAAAAUUGUUUACUGAAUAAGUCGAAAAGACAGCAGGAAACAGAUAUAAGUAUGUAGUAGACGUACUUCAAUUGAAUCCUGUAUGAGAUUGGUUAAAAGGCGAGAAUACACCUUAUGACACAGAUAUUAAAGUUUGAUUCCCUACAAAAGGUUUUGCCAGAUCUCCAAGAUGGUUUUGCUUUUUAUGUAGACUUUUUCCGUUUUAUUUGCUGUAGUAGUCUUGCAACGAAUUGACAUUAAUCAGGAAUGUGGAAACACUUUUCGUUUCAUAAAACGUUACUUACUCAAGCAGUACUCACUAAGGAAGUCUGUAAUAUCUGGCUAUCUCUUUUAUCACAAGUUAUUUCUUUACCAUAUAAAUAUGUCUUGUAAGAGCGAGAAAGACGAUCGCCUACCUCUUUCUUCGUUUUAUCCGUCAAGUUAUCAAUUAAUAUUGUACGUAAUGUCCUUGGAUGUAAUUACUAUUUGUAAUUACCUAUGUACUCUUGUGGAGUGAAGAAGAAAUUGCUUAUUGCAUUCUAAAAUCAACUUUAUUCUUAUUCGAAAUACGAUUCAGAAUAAACGGUUAACUGGAAGAAUGUUUAUGAGUCGGUCCAUAAUGCUAUUUGUUUAAUGAGAUGCGAAUAUAAUGCGUAUGCUGAGAAGAAUAAGGUUAAUUUUGCCAGAACACCCGCGUUGAUCUUAAUAAGUAGGUUUAUUUUUAAAUAUAUACCAGGAUAUUUCCUGGUACAAUAAAAAUACAGAACAUAGAAAAGGCGCACAAACUACGUAAAUGUCCAAACGAUUUGAAACUCUUUUUUUGUUGUUAUAUAGUUCAAAAUCGAGUAGUUUAGCUAUUGAAACAACAAAAAAAAUUAUAAUUAAUCAAUAAUUGGCACACGACAAGUCUUUUUCAAUCAAACUUGUAGAAAAGGUAAACAAUAUUGACAUUUUAUUAUAUUUUUAUUUUAGGCAUUUAACUGUUGUAUUUAUAAAACUAAAGAAAAUAUUUGUUUCAUAGGUUUUCACGCACACCACUCAUAAAAUAAAUCAAGUUUCAACGGUAUAUAUGCAUGUCGUCAGAAUUAUGACGACGACGACGAUAAUACUGACGACGUAGCCUGAAAAGGAUGCGAAACGUCAUAAAUAAUUAAAUCAGUGCAUCUGUACAAUUGAAAUUUGUUUUAUUUAAGGAAAAAAAAUAUUAAAAAAUCUAAAGAAAAAACCACGCAGUCCAGGCGGCAGGUGGGACUCGAAUUUAAACAUCUAGCAUUUAAAUGCUUAAAAUAUAAAAAUAUAAUAAAUUUUAAAAAGCAUCACACAGGAUAUAAGUUGUCAUUUUUUUAUUGUGUUCUUUUGACGGUGAUUGUAGCUAUAAGUAAAUGAUAACUUUUAUUACACAUAAUAAAGAGUUGAAUUCAAAUUGUUUACUCUGUCUACAAGUUUGAAUUGACCAAAAUAAAAAUUAAGUUGGUAUCGAAUUGUUCAAACCGUAUUAAGAGAAUAUAGAACAGCGCCUUAUUACGAUUAGCAAUAAGAGCUAUAUCUGUAGAACAAGUUUUUACUGUUGUGGCUUUAUACCAUUAUCAUUUGAAUACUGAAACUUCACUCGAGUUUAAGUAGAUACAUGUAAACGCAGAUUUAAUGCCGAUCUCUGAAACGUCACUUAUUUUAUGCAAAACUUUAAACAACAACAAGACAACAUGUCAGUUUGACAAGCAAUUAAUUGACGAAUUAUGCUGUCAUUUUUUGGGAUACGAGCGAUACUCGUCUAACUUAACUGGCGUUUUUUAGUAUGGCAUUUGUACAAUAAGCUGCAUUUAAUUAUUCGGACAUAUAAGUAGUGAAAAAACACCAACUAAAUUAUAAGCAAUUCCAAUUUUAUAACACUGCCAUUUUUUAAAAUUGUAAUCCAUUUUUUUAUGAUUAAACAGACAAACGAGGAGCAAUAACAUUUUCCUAGUUAUGAAGUAGUUUAGGUUGGUAAGAUGGCCGAAAACUGGGUUGCCAUUCGAAACAUUGUAGGUUUUUCUUUAAAAUUUUUGAUCAUACUAGCUCAUAGGUGUAUUCAUAGUAAAUUUGAAAUAUCGUCAGUCAAGUUUAGAAAUAUUUUUUAAUACCCAUUCCUUUAGAAGUUGUAUCCAUAUUAAAGAAAUAACUUAUUUUGACUACUUGCUAAAAUGGUAGAUUAACAAGUUUUUAACGAGAAUUAACAUAACUGUAUGAAUAAUAUUAGAAUAGUAACAUUUGCCUCAUUAAAAUAAAAUUCGUUUAAAAACUAUAUAAUAUCCAGUGCGAUACUUAUUGUUUUUUAAAUACUCUUCAAGCGAAAUGAAUUGUUUGUUUAUUGAAACAAUUCGAAUAAACAUUAAUUACAAUUUUUUGAGAUCUUUCUGUUCAAACAAUUUGAAACCUGUUUAUUCACCUGUAUGAAAUUAGUUGGAAAAUGCUUUAAAACAAUCGAAAUGGAUUGACAUUAAUUUUAUCUUUAUUUUAUGUAAAUAAAAUGAAACGAAAAAAUUUAUUAUUUUAAUAAAUUACCAAAUAAAUGUGAUUUUUGCAAGCGUACGCUUUGCGGUAAUUUUGAAAGUGUUUAAAAGACAAAACCUAUGUAUGUUAAAAUAAAUGUAGAUUUAUAAUUUUAGAAGUUCGAUUAUUUUCGAUUCGAUGAGAAAUAUGUAUAGUAACAAUAAUAUUAAAAACAAAAACCGCUUGUGUAAUUUUUAUUUUGUAAAUAUUAUUAAUUACAAAUAUUCCAAUUAGAUUUUAGUCAAUUGUAUAAUAUCAUUAGCUUAGAUGUAAUUUUUAAUGUAUUUAAUGUUUUUUUUUUUAAUCUCCGGAGAGUUGGCUAGAAAAGAAAAUAUAUUUAUAUAUAUUUUCUAGAAAUUGCAUUACAAAUAUCUUUUACCUAUAAUUAUGAAGAAACUAAUAACUUUACUAAAGAUUAUUAUGAGAUUACAGUGGUUAUUUAUUUAAUAUUGUGUAAUGUGCGCGCAUUUUUUUCCGUAUACAGUUUUUUUUAAUUCGGUCAAGCAAUGUUAUAUUGGCUUUUUUCUUGUAUAUUUGUAUUUUGCAAUGGAGUUGCGCAAUUGGCGGCAUUUUAAAUAACAUGAAAGUUUCAAUUCGGUAAAAUACGGAUAAAAAUGCAUUUGCUUCGUAUUCAAUCAAAUAUGAUGACAAAAUAAGGUACAGAAGAUUUAUACGUUUUUUCUUCUACAUAUUUUUCUUUGAACCAUUUACAUACUGACAGAACUGCUAACAAAAAGAAAAAAUAAACGCUUUUGCCUCUUCUUUGCAUUAUAGAACCAUGUGCGAAUAUAUGUAUGCAAUAUUGAUUCUUAUUCCGAUUGAGAUAAAGCAGUAAAUACCGUCGAAUAUUGUAUUCAUACAUUUAGUUACAACUACACACUUUAUUCUCUUUGAGAAUAUGUAUGCAAUAUUGACUCUUAUUAAUAUUGAAAUAAAGCGGACAAUCCUGUCAAAUAUUGUAUACAUAUAUUCAGUCUUAUUUACAAAGGAUAUUCGCUUGAGCUCGAUCUCAAUAAUGUAUGGAAGUUUUAUAAAUGUAUGAUAUUCUAUCUUUAUCUUGUCAUAUCUCCAUCUCUUUUUUUUUGCAUGGAAGUUCUUUCACCUUUUGGAUCAAUGAACAACCAAUGAACCAAUGCUUCUGUGCGUUAAAACGGGACGGAUAUGCCAAUGACGUCUUAAGUUGAGUUUUUUUGUUUGUAAUUCGGUUACAAAUUAAAUUGGUGUAUCAAAUUUUGUAUGUCACUUUUGAUAAAUAUGAGAUUGCAAGCAAACUGAUUCCAGUCACAUUUUUAUUUAAUAAAAGUAUGACAAAAACGGAUUGAAUUAUAAGAAAUUAUAAUUUUUAUUAUUUUAAAGCAUGUAUCUGCUUGAUGUUUAAAUCUAAAGAAAAUAUAACUAGCAAAAAUUCCACGCGGCCCAGGAACCAG